AUGCGACCCGCUACACUACUCAUGCGCACACCGCGCACCAUCCCCCGAUCAGCACCAUCACUUGGGGUGCGCGCUCGAUCGCUUGCCACAGUCGCCGAUCCGCCAGUGCGCCGCUACGGCGGGCUCAAGGAUCAAGAUCGGAUCUUCACCAACCUCUUCUGCCGCCAUGAUCACGGUAUCAAGGGCGCGCAGAGCCGAGGAGACUGGCACAAGACCAAAGAGAUCUUGUUGAAGGGCGAUUCAUGGAUUAUUCAGACAAUGAAGGAUUCGGGCCUGAGAGGUCGAGGCGGAGCUGGGUUCCCGAGUGGUUUGAAGUGGUCUUUCAUGAACAAGCCUGGAUGGGAGAAGGAUAAGCGGCCACGAUACUUGGUCGUCAAUGCCGAUGAGGGAGAGCCGGGAACUUGCAAGGAUCGCGAGAUCAUGCGAGGUGACCCGCACAAGCUCGUCGAGGGGUGUCUCGUAGCGGGACGUGCCAUGAACGCGACAGCAGCCUACAUCUACAUUCGAGGAGAAUUCUACCAGGAGGCCGGACACGUCCAGCAGGCGAUCGACGAGGCGUACAAGGCUGGCUUUAUCGGCAAGAACGCCUGCGGCUCGGGCUACGACUUUGACGUCUACCUCCACCGAGGUGCCGGAGCCUACAUCUGCGGAGAAGAGACCGCUCUCAUCGAGUCGCUGGAGGGCAAGCAGGGGAAGCCUCGGCUCAAGCCCCCAUUCCCUGCCGAUGUCGGUCUCUUCGGUUGUCCGUCCACCGUCGCCAAUGUCGAGACCAUCGCCGUCGCCCCCACGAUCGCUCGUCGAGGCGGCAGCUGGUUUGCCGGAUUCGGACGCGAGCGGAACAGCGGGACCAAGCUGUUCUGCGUUUCCGGACACGUCAACAACCCUUGUGUCGUCGAGGAGGAGAUGAGUAUCCCGCUGCAGGAGCUGCUGGAGAAGCACUGUGGAGGUAUCAGGGGUGGAUGGCAGAAUUUGAAGGGGAUUAUCCCGGGAGGAUGCUCGGUACCAGUCAUCCCAAGGGAGACUUGUGAGCAGGUGUUGAUGGACUACGACUCCCUCAAAGACGCUCAGACAUCACUCGGUACCGGCGCCGUCAUCGUCAUGGACCAAACCACCGACAUGAUUUCAGCCAUCGCCCGAUUCGCCAAGUUCUACAAGCACGAGUCGUGCGGUCAGUGCACACCGUGCCGAGAGGGUACCACUUGGAUGAUGAACAUGAUGGACAGGAUGGUGGAGGGACGAGCGCAGGAGCGGGAGAUUGACAUGUUGCUGGAGUUGACGAAGCAGGUCGAGGGUCACACCAUCUGCGCGCUCGGUGAUGCUGCCGCAUGGCCCAUCCAGGGUCUGAUGAGACAUUUCCGACCCGAGGUUGAGCAGCGUAUCGCCCAGUUCCACGCCAAGAACGGCCAGGUCCUCUUCGGCGGCAAGCUCCUGUCAGAGACGGAUACCCGAUAUGCUGUUCCUGACAAUCUCGGUGGGGAUGCUCGGCGGUCGAUUGCCUCGCCAGCAUAG